UAUGUCAAUUAACCUGUUGUUAAAGAUGGAACUCAGAAUGCUGGUUACCAGGUAACCAGAGGCCAGCAGUAGCCUUACCUGACUUACUUGUCUGGAAGUCCUAGAGGGAACAAGAUGUUCUCCUGUUUCCAGGGUUCCAGAGGCUCCGGCCACAAAAAAGCCAAGAGCGGUUUCCUUGUUCGCUUUUGGAGACGUUUGAUUCGCCCUCUGACACACUUCAGGCAUGCUUCCCACAGUGAGCCCAAGGUCUGUUCUCAAAAUGAACAGGAGCCAGACUCUCUGCCCAAGCGCCCCCAGUUCAACUAUGACAGCCAAGAAUACGUGGUACAAAUGAUCCACUACAUUCCAGCUGCUAUUCAGAAACGUGACCACAUCUGUAUCACCAUAUUUCUUGGCGUCUACCGAACGUAUGCCAGCACUUGGGAGGUGCUGGACCUGCUGAUGAGAACGUAUGCAUCCUUCCGGCCUGACUGUAUAAAGGACCAGCAAACUAAGAGAGCCAUAUUCAGGUUUCUGUUCGGCUGGUUUAAGAAAUACCCCCAGGAUUUUUAUGAGUCCCCAGACCUGGCUGUUGUGAGGCAGUUCAUUGACUAUGUGAAGCGCAAUGUGCCUUCCUCAGAUGUAGAUAGAGCCAGGGAGCUGCUCUCCGUGCUGGAAGAUCAGGAGGCAAUAGAGCUACAGAUUGAGCAAGAUUUUGCCACAGCUCCAGAGCCCUCAGAGCAGGAUGCCUCUGGGAGGCAGGAGAGUCUGGCUCCGAGGCCAGCUUCUGAGACAGAGCCACAGGGAGACAAGCAACACCGAGAGGAUGCUGAGCUUGUGAAAGGAGCAGUUCUGGAUCCCUUUAAACCAAAAGCCACAAUAGAGCUGCAUCCGACUUUACAUCAAGCUGUGCCCGCAUCAGAUGGUUCACUCUCACCUGUAGAUGUUACUGCAGAUGAGGCGACAGGUGUGGCUGCAGAUGAGGCUGCAGAUGUUGCUGCAGAUGUUUCACUUGCCAGGCAAUUAUUCGUGUCUUACACUGUGCAGUUAGGUACACCAGAUUUCGUCAUCCCUCUGCCUGAGGUUGACAUAUAGUUAGGAGAAUGGUCUGCAGAGUUCUACCCAGCUGAGGUUCCCCACCUAAGCUUAUCUCAUAUUUUUAGAGAAAAUAACUUAUAGCUUUUUUGGAUUCUUGCUUUAUCAUAAUGUUGUUUUCACUGUUGUGUUUUUAAUAUAUGUUUGGAUAUUAAUAAAAAUAAUUAUUUGUUCUUCUUAAAAGACAUCGUUAUUUUCUCCAGUGAUACAAUCUACUUAUGUUUUACCUGUGGACUGCAUCAAAGAUUGUAGUCAAACUGGUUGAUACCAGAAAUGGGACCCUCACAGGAAGCAGGGAAAGCAAGCAGCUGGUGUGGCAGAAAGUGGGCAAAUACCUGCAGCGGUGAACAAUAUAAAUUAUG